AUGACACACAAUGCCAGCUCCCAGACGAGGAAACGGGGCGGGGGUGGGGUGGGGCCAGGUGCCCGCUGUUGCAGGAAGUGUGUGAGUCAGUACCUGUACCCGCCAGCUGCCAGGCAGUUCCGUGUGUGUGAACCUGGGAGCCCUCCAUCUCUGACCCAUCGACUCCUGUUCAGCCCCGAGUCUCCCCCAUGUCCUCAGCUGCUCAGGUGUGACAGCAUCAAGCUGGUCCUGCUGCUUCCACACUGGGCUCCUCCCACUGCUCCCACCCCAGCGCCGCUGGACGUCCCUUGUGUUUUAUUUAGUUAUUCUCACUACUUGUCUGUCUCCCACAGACAGGCCGGGGUCUGCAGGGCUCUGCCCCGCGCCCCAGGCCUUAGCAAACAUCCGAGGGAGAAGUGGCAUCACGCACUGGGGCUUCAUGAGGGCAGCGGCCCCCAGAGCCCAGCCUGGUACCUGGCAUGGCCCUGUGAGAACAGGCUGGAAAGUGAGGCCAUUGCAGAACCGCUGCUUCCGUCGCCUGUGCCCUUCCUGCCUCGUGAGGGCUCCGCUCCCCAGCCCGGGACAUCACCCAGAGGUGGCGGUGGGGGAGCCUGCCUCUCCCGGGCUGGCUUCCCAAGGUCCGCAGGGCAGAACACCCCUGAGCCCAGGGCCGGGACGCUGGCGUUUCACAGACCCACUGCCACGGUCAACAGCACGCAAGGCCUCUGGCGUCCACAUGGGGCUUUACCAUGGCCAGAGGCCUCAGCCAAAGCCCCCGGGCCCGGGCCUCCGCCCAGCUUCAGGCCCCAGUGCUUCCUGGGGGCUCCUCCUCUUGCCACAGCAACCGGGCCUGCGCCUCGAGUUUCUGUCCUUCCUCCCCUCUCCGUUGUGGACAGCGGCCUCCGCCUGGGGAAGCCACCUUCACUUUGGCUUUGCCUGCUUAGGCGACAUCUUGUCGACCGACAUCUUCGAGCCCAGGCCCGGCGCUGGGUGGUGCCAGGAAGUGUUGGCAGUGUGAACAAAGCCAAAGCCGUGAUCCUUGUCUCCCCCGCCCUCAACCCCAACGCCGGCCCGGGCAGCUGCCUGCUCCGGCCUCUCCUCCCCGGGUGGGCGGGAGCUGCUCUGCUCCAGGGCACAGGUCUUCACCUGAAGCCACCUUCUCCUCAGCCUCCCGUCACCCUUCGUGAAUGCACACGACAUGCCUGUCCUCACGCUGGUCCCCACCUCGCACACGACACAUGCUACUCCUCCCAGUGUGUGUUCAAUCUGUGGCAAGGGCAGGUUUGGGUUUUGCUCACUGGUAUCACAAAUCUCACAGUGCUAGUGAAUGCUUGUUGAAUAAAUGACCACAAGACUCUUCA